ACGAUGCCGGAUGAAACCAACAUCAUCUCCUCUAUCACUUCGUCUUCUCGACUUCCAUCCGAUUGAAACCGAGCCACUCAUUCACAAUCAACACUCCACUUCGCUUCGCUCAAUCAACAUGUUCUUAAUGAUUUCGUUUCAACUCCUUCUUCUCCUGCUUCUUUAUAUACUGAACUUCUUUGUUUGUACAAACCUAAACCCUAUCCGCUCUAAUCUUAAUUCAUGGCGACGAAACCACAUGGGAAAUCCCCUGUCUCAUCCGCUUCUGUUGAAGAAGUCAUGUUCUUCAGAGAUAUCUCUCUAGGUCCCCAAGAAACUCAGCUGCGAUUCCGUCUGAUCCACUUCUGGGAGGCUUGGAACCCCGUGAAGAAAACGCUUAUUGGCCUGGAGAUGCUCCUCAUCGACGAAAAGGGAACUGUGAUUCAAGGAUUCAUCUCGCCUGGACGUAUUAAUAAAUAUAUUUGCAUCAAAUGAAACGAGGCUCAGUUUACAAACUCAACAACUUCUACGGAUCGAAGAACAAAACUGUGUAUCAGGUUUCUGAUCAUGCCGUUACCGUGUCUUUCUCAUGGAACUCUGAACUCUCGGUUCUUGAGGACAGUACCACCCCUUUUGAUGAAGACAGUUUCCGGUUUCAUUCGUAUGCAGAGUUCGAAGCUAACUGUGAUCUCAAAGGAGACCUCUACGACGUAGUUGGCCACAUGAAGUUGGUUAAUGGACAGAGUCUCAUUGAUCGCCCCGUCCUUGACGAAGUGGAGAUUGCAAAGGCGAGGCAUCUUCUGGUUCAUGUGCAAUCACAUGAUGGUCCAGUGAUGAAGCUCUACCUUUGGGACCAGGCUGCAACAGACUUUUGCAAAAAAUUCAAAUCCUACGAGAACACCCCCACCGUCUUACUGGUCACGACCGUUAACACGAAGACUAUAGGAGGUUCCCAUUCCUCUCUUUAUUAUAGCUUACUUACAGUGAUUCCUGAACAAUAUACAGAACAUCCUGAUUCCUGAAUGCAUAGAAAAUAUAUUCUGAAUAAGAAAAAAGGUCAGACUCAUUAGACCUUUAUAAAUUAUUUGAGACUUUCUGUUUUGAUUUUCCUUUUGAUUUGAGAAAUUUGUUCUUACAUUCUUCUGCAGUUGACAAGUUAGUUUACAAGGCUUUAUGUAAGCACUAGAUCAGCUUUCAGAGUUUCUUAAAAAAAGGCAGAAGAUCAUGUGUGAUCGAGACUGGUGUACUCAAAGGCAUUAAUCUAAAUACAUCAAGCGAGCUGGGGAAAGGUUAAUUCUUCGAGAUGGCUGCAUUCUUCGAGAAAAUUUUAAAGAUUCAGAAUUUCAAUGCAACUCCAUGUUCUUUCGUAUAUUGCUCAUGUGGUGACCUCAUGAGAGCAGCCUUUUCUGCACGAAGAAUACAGUCAGGGAUGUACAUGCAAAUGGAUACACAUACGAGGAACCCAUAUCUACUGGUGAAAUCAAAAGAAAAGUUGAACCCUGGAUUGACAAGGCUCAACAGUUCAAAGCAUCAUACAAUCAGAGAGGAUGACGACCAGAGAAGAAAAGCCUUCUUAUUGUUUACGUUAGAGAUUCAUGAGGGGACUUGCUCGAGCCUCAGGAUAGAGUCAUAGAGGGAAGCAUUUCAGAGUCUCAUGUGACUUUGUUCUCUGGAAUUUGUAUACAAACAGAAACAAUACACUCAUGAAGAAGAAGAAUCAGCAACCUGGUAGGGACUUCUUACACGGUUUCAAUAUGGGCCGGAAUUCAUUCAUAUCAGUUGGUUUAAAGUGGUUUAGUGUACAUGUAAAUUAAGUUGGUUUAGUCCGGUUUAGAUAAUCUUAUAUAUAGUUGUAAAUAACAAACUUUACGGUUAACGAGAUUGAAUAAUAUCAUCCUUUACAUUUC